AUGGCUGGUGGUGGUUCUGCAGUUCGUAAGUCCCAAUUUCGGAAUAAACAACGGGGAAGAGAUAGAUUGGAUCGUCAAAUUGACCCGCCAUGGAGACCCGAAGAUGAUUAUUUACUUAUCAACUCCACUCUGGUGACCUGUAAUUUAGCUGAAACUCAUGCUUGUGUUAAAUUCACUCGACCAUAUUCACUAACGGAGGUUGAAAAUCGAUGGCGUCUCCUUCUUUUUAACCCUGUUGUUUCAAAAGUCUCCCUCGAGGCCAUUCUUCAUCUACCAGAGCACGUUAAAAUCCGUCUCGAUACAAAAAUACCCUUUUCCAACAAAGAAGAUGCCCAGCUCAUGACAAUCUCGUACAACGACGUCUUUUCUGAUGGCACAAACAACAAGUAUGCUCCAUUUGAACGCCUUUUAAUGGACUUUGCGGAUGUAUUCUAUUCCACACGUACUCCAUUCCAUCUUUACGCCCAAUGGAAUCGACUCCGUGGUGCUCAUCUAAUCCUCGACGAUAGCCACAGCAGAGAUAACAACCCUGGAGGUGGUGACCCUGAUAGUUUUUCUGAUACUGAAUUUCUUAUUCGGGAAACAGCUGCUCGUAGUAUACAAACUGGAAUACCUCAUCUCACUGAUGCUCCCAGUAUCUCCCGACGCAAACGGCUUUUAACUACUAGAGAGGAUUAUCAGGGUUUUCAAGCUUGUGUAGCUCAGGCCGUCGCUGAUCACUUGGGGAAGCGACAGCGAUCUAACUCCCUCUCGACUAUUGCUGGUGCUGGAGUUGGGAGCGUGGGAGGAGCUAAUAAGACUAUAUCACGAAGCCCGACGUGGUCGGGGUUUAGUGGAGGUGGAGGUGGUGACACUGGCGAUUGCGCAGACUCAUAUACAGCUACUCAAGAUGAAGUCAUUACCGAGUCUCAGCGAGAACGUUAUCGAAGACGACGACGUCUAGAGGCCAAAAUGGUACGCGUGAAGGAAGAGGCACGUCGUUGGGUAGCUUUGGUCGAAUCUCAAGUGGCCGAUGGUCGGGAAGUUGCCGACCACCAACCCAUCUAUCCAACCCUUGCAACCCUCACGGGCAAUCGCUCACGCUUCCUCAUUAAACACAAGUCUGUCACUUUCGGUCGUGGGGCCUCAAAUUUUACCCCCGAUAUCGAUCUCUCCUGCGAAGAUGAGGCCUCUCGGAUUUCGCGAUGUCAUGGCAGAAUCAUUCUUGGCGAUAACGGGGUCUUCUUUAUAAAGAAUCUCUCCAAGCAUCCCAUUCAAGUGGACAAUAAGAUUGUCCUGAAAGAACAUGCCCAAUUGGAUAUGCUUUCUGGAACUAACGUUACCACUACAGCUCCUAAGAAUGAGCUGAUCUCGCCGAUGGUGAAAGGGAGCAAAGAAAUCAAUCAUAUGGAGAUAGAUGGGGAGGAUCAAUUUGUGGAAUAA